UCUUUUGUUAAACGGGCUGGAAGAGAACUUGCAAAUUUAUUAUUUUAGCCUGAAGCCGUAAAGUAAUUUUAUAUAUUUCGAAACUAUCAUAUAGAAUUAACUGGCUGACGUUUGAUUUCUAGCAGUGUAUUAAAUAAUAUUAAUAUAAGUGCUUCUUUCUAACAGGAGCAAGAUUGCAAAUCAAAAUUUUACCUGCAACGCAUGUACACACAUCUAAACAGCACGUACUAUUCAUUCAGAUCGUAAGCGGUAUCCGGAGCAGCUGCAUAUUAAGUCGGCCAGAGAAAAUCUCUUGUCUUCUUUGCGCCUGUUCCUCACUAAGCAAGGGUCUCUACAUACUCAACAAGGGUAAAAAAAAAUUUUAAACUCCAACUUCAACCUCGUGCAACAACUACACCGGUGCGCAGAGUUGCAGCUGUAAAAGCCGGGUAGUUACACAUUUUAUUAUACAUACAAACACCUAUGUACCGGCCUUGUUGUUUGGUCUGAGACGCCUGCUCUCUGCAAACUGAACGUCUGCAGUGCAUAAUCGUCAAGGUUUUCGUAAUUCAACGAUUCUGUUCAGUCUGAGAGCGCACAUCCAGCAGUCAUCAACGCACCGCAUCACCAGCACGGAACGUAACCAUUAAAAUUUAUAAAAUAAUUACUUGUCUGUUGGUAUUACCACUCGUGCCAAUAACUGUGGUUUUAGCCAGUCUAGAUUCCAACUUGUAACAUCAUUUAGAACGAGUCUCCACUUAUUACUGGAGUUUUCGUCCCACUGAGCACAUAUUGCAUUGCACGUCUGUCGUUUGUCAUCCACACAUUGCUUUUGGUUCCGUUUGGUGUCUGUGCGUGAGUAUGUGCACGUUUGUCUGACUAAACGCGCCCGUAUAAAAUAGUUGUGCCGUGCCUUUUUGUAGUCGUCGCGAUCUGUGUCGUCGUGUCCAUUUUCAGUUCCCGUACCCGUACCUAUAUUCAAUCGGUAGUGUCGUAGCAUUACUGCAAUCGUGUAUCUCUGGUCUGCGGAAUUCACUGUGUCGUAUUUUCGUUUUGCAAAUUUGUUGCUGCUGGUUUUGCCACACAUUUGCAAAAACAAGCAACCUAAAAUACGAAACUCAACUUCGAUCUCCUACGACAAGAGUAACUUCGUCAUUGUGCAGCGAGAAGAGUAGCGAAUAUUUUAAAACGUACAUUGCCGGUUGUGAACUUCGUUCUUGUGUGUCUAUAUCAUCAUCAAUUUCAUUGUGGUGGCAAGAGCGAGCUAACCAGUGCCACAUUAACAUUUACAGCGACAGCAGGAAGACUACAUAUUGCGAAAUUUAAAUAUAUAUUUUUGAUCAUAUUGAAAAAGAGGAAGCUAGAGUUAACUAGACGCCUACCUAGCAAAAAUUUUCACACGGUGAAUCUCAGACAAAUUCAUUACAUUCCCGUUUUUAUUGUUACAUUUAAAUAAAUGGUUAAUAUGGAAAACGCCGAAGAAGUAAUGCAAAUUCUGGAGCGCUUUACGCGUCUAAAGCAAAAGGAGAUACCCAAGGAGUUGGACGAUUAUUUGCAGUAUGUGGCGAAAACCGGCGAUACGGUCUUUAAAUGGGCGAGCCUGAAAUAUUUAUUCCGGGAGAAGUUGCUCAAUGUGAUUAAACAUUUCCACGAUACGUCGCCGCGUGUUGAUGAGAUUCCUCAAUAUCCGAACGUUGAUCCUUUUAAUUAUGAGAGCAUGAAAUCAUCGCUGUUGGAGCGUCUGGAAUUAUUCAAUGCCGCACCAUUUACCAUUCAGCGUUUGUGUGAGCUUUUGAUUGAUCCGCGGAAACAAUACAGUCGCAUUGAUAAAUUUAUGCGUGCUCUUGAAAAGAACAUUUUAGUAGUGAGCACCAUCGAACCCGGUCGUAAACGCACUGAAAGCGAGAACGGCGAUUCACUGGACUCAGUUGUCAACGGUGAUCUGUCGCUGGAUGUCAACGUCGAUAUCGAUAUGGAGAAUGAAUCCUUGUUCAAUAUGGAGGCACAAAACGGCAAUGGCACUGGCAACGGCAAUGGUACAGCUUCGGCAACCGAUGGUGGAGCAUCACCAGAGUCUGAGUCGAAAGAAAAGUCCGUAGUGAGCGAGACAGCUACCAAGCACUCUACAACCGAUGAUGAUAUUUUACCGAAUCCGAAAAAGGCAAAGCUGGAUUUGGAUGCGAAAGAUGAAAAUACCGCUGAAAAGACUGAAGAUGAACAGAGUGGUGUAUCGGUGGAAAAGGAUGAGAGCAAAUCUGCAGCUGCUGAAGCUAAGUCGAAAGAAACAGAGAAAGGUGAUAGUAAACCAGCAGCAGAGGUGGCUAAGCCGUCCGAGGAUGCAGAAAUGAUAGAAGUUGAUAAUAAAAAAACAGAAUCGAAGGAAAGUAAAGAGGAAUCUAAUAAGGAGGAGCAAGUAGAGAAAAAAGACGUGCUAGACAAAGCGAAUGAGAAACAGUCUGAAAGUAAGGAGGAAAAGGAAGUGCUUGCAGAAAGCAAUGACAUGGAAAAAGCUGCUAAGGAGGAAACUGCCAGUUCCACUGAGAAAGUAGCUACUGAAGAAGUUGACGCUGUUAAGAAGGUAGAAGGCAUCGCUGAGUCGGAAACCGAAUCAAAAAUCACUAAAGAAGAAGAAAAAAUUGUUGAAAAACAGGAAAUAGAGAAAGGCGAAAAAGAGGUUGUUGUAGCAGCUGCUUUAGCCACUACCAAGCCUGUUGAAGAAUCUGCUGAGUCCGAGGUCAAGAAAUCAGCCGAGCCUGCAGCUAAAGCGACAGAAGCGGUUGCUAGUGAUUGUGCUAAGGAUAGCGCUAAAAUCGUAGACAAAGUUCAAGAGGAAACGGCGCCUGUCAAAGCCAACGAGGCCGCUGCUGAUUCUAAGGCCGAAGUUUCGACUAGCACACCAGAAAAAGAUGAAGCUGCGCCACAGACAACGGCUGCUGGAGCUGAAGCUGUCGCUGCUGUAGCGAAAGAUCCCGCUGUUGAACCAAAAGCCACAUCUGAAGUGACCGACUCCACUGCCACCCAAACAAAAGAAUCCGAAAAGACUGAGAGCAAUGCAGAGGCCGCUGCCGAAUUGGAAAAACCGGUCGAAGAAAAAGUAGUUGAAGCUGUUACGACCACGUCCAACGAGGCAGAAGCUGUUGCGAUUGAAAAGUCCACGGCUGUUUCCGGUAGUAAAACCGCCGUGGAUAAAGCCGAAACAGUUGCUGCUGCACCAGCUAAAAACGAAAUUUCUGCGUCGGAAGAAAACAAAGAAGCUGCCGCUGCUGCAACCGCCACCGCAGCUAAAGCCAGCGAAGCUGAAAUUCCAACAACCGCUGAGGCGGUAGAAAGCACAACUGCUGAUAUUGUUAAUGUAGCCGAAAAAAGCGAUGUUGUCGCCCCAGCUGCAGAUACGACUCCAGCUCCAGACUCGGCCGAAGCUAUUGCUGCCGUUCCUGUUGCCACACCAACAGCCACCCCGCUACCUACACCGACAUUAGCCCUCAACGAUCAACCCAUGGACGAUGUGCCGAUUGAGGAGGGCCAACCCGCUGUUAACGAAGUUGUUAUGGCCGAAACAAACGCUGCCACCGAAAUGGCCACUGACGCAAACGAACCACCAGCACCAUCCAAGGACGAACCCGCUGGCAUGGAAGUGGAUGACACCAGUCAGGAGGCCAUGGAUCAGUAAUUUUGUGGCAGCACAUAACAAACUAAACAAUAACAUUUUCCACACGCAUAAAAUACAAAAGAAAAAUUUUUAAUUGUGAAAUGCGUCGAUAACGACGGCGACGACGACUACGGCGACAGCGCGACGCAAAGCGAUUUCUUCAUACUUAAAUACUUUUUGAAUAUGUAGCGUGUUUUUAGGCGCAUAAGCAAAAUUUACAUGAAUAUGUAAACGAAAUUCGUUGUAAGCUAAUUUAAACUAUCAAGAGAACAUAAUAAUUAUAACUUAAAAAGAAAAUACAAAACAAAAGCAAAAAACAAAAAUAAUGUGGUUGGCAAGCAAGAAAUAUAUAAAAACAAAAUACUUCAUACACACAUAUAUAUAUGCGUCUACUUUAUACAAUAAGCAGUGAUAUGUGCUGUUCCAUUCCAUUUGUCAGAA